CUUUGCUCUUCAGCACUUUGAAGAGGUCCUCUGCAGCAGAUUUAGCCAAUGCAAUGCGUCUUUUGGUUUCUUGACUGCUGCUUCCAUGGCUGUUGAUUGUGGAUCCAAGUAAAAUGAAAUCCUUGACAACUUCAAUCUUUUCUGCGUUUAUCAUGAUGUUGCUCAUUGGUCCAGUUGUGAGGAUUUUUGUUUUCUUUAUGUUCAGGUGCUGUGGUCUUUGAUCUUCAUUAGUAAGUGCUUCAAGUCCUCUUCACUUUCAGCAAGCAAGGUUGUGUCAUCUGCAUAAUGCAGGUUGUUAAUGAGUCUUCCUCCAAUCCUGAUGCCCCGUUCUUCUUCAUAUAGUGCAGUUUCUCAUAUUAUUUGUUCAGCAUACAGAUUAAAUAGGUAUGGUGAAAGAAUACAACUGUGACGCACACCUUUCCUGACUUUAAACCAAUCAGUGUCCCCUUGUUCUGUCCGAACAACUGCCUCUUGAUCUAUGUAAAGGUUCCUCAUGAGCACAAUUAAGUGUUCCAGAAUUCCCAUUCUUCCCAGUGUUAUCCAUAGUUUGUUAUGAUCCACACAGUCGAAUGCCUUUGCAUAGUCAAUAAAAGACAGGUAAACAUCCUUCUGGUAUUCUGUGCUUUCAGCCAGGAUCCAUCUGAUAUCAGCAUGAUAUCCCUGGUUCCACGUCCUCUCCUGAAACGGGCCUGAAUCUCUGGCGGUUCCCUGUCGAUAUACUGCCGCAGCCGCUUUUGAAUGAUCUUCAGCAAAAUUUUGCUUGCGUGUGAUAUUAAUGAUAUUGUUCUAUAAUUUCCACAUUCGGUUGGGUCACCUUUGUUGGGAAUAGGCAUAAAUAUGGAUCUCUUCCAGCCAGUUGGCCAAGAACCUGUCUUCCAUAUUUCUUGGCAUAGACGAGUGAGCACCUCCAGCGUUGCAUCUGUUUGUUGAAACAUCUGAGUUGAUAUUCCAUCAAUUCCUGGAGCCUUGUUUUUCGCCAAUGCCUUCAGAGCAUCUUGGACCUCUUCCUUCAGUACCAUUGGUUCCUGAUCAUAUGCUACCUCUUGAAAUGGUUGAACAUUGACUAAUUCUUUUUGGUAUAAUGACUCUGUGUAUUCCUUCCAUCUUCUUUUGAUGCUUCCUGCGUCGUUUAAUAUUUUCCCCCAUGGAAUCCUUCACUAUUGCACCUCGAGGCUUGAAUUUUUUUUCUUCAGUUCUUUCAGCUUGAGAAACGCCGAGCGUGUUCUUCCCUUUUGGUUUUCCAUCUCCAGCCCUUUGCACAUGUCAUUAUAAUACUUUACUUUGUCUUCUCCAGAGGCCCUUUGAAAUCUUCUGUUCAGUUCUUUUACUUCAUUAAUUCUUCCUUUUGCUUUAGCUGCUUGACUCUCAAGAGCAAGUUUCAGAGUCUCCUCUGACAUCCAUCUUGGUCUUUUAUUUUUUUUCCUGUCUUUUCAGUGACCUCUUGCUUUCUUCACGGAUGAUGUCCUUGAUGUCAUUCCACAACUCGUCUGGCCUGCGAUCACUAGUGUUCGAUGUGUCAAAUCUGUUCUUCAGAUGGUCUCUAAAUUCAGGUAAAACUUUAGUCAAGAAGCUGACGAAAAAGGAUAUCGAAGAUGCAUUGGCAGGAAUCCAAAAAGCUGGUUGGGGACCAACCUUUUUUAGAGAUCUUGGUGAUAAAGGACUAAUUUCAUAUACUGAGUAUCUUUUCUUGCUUACAAUCCUCACUAAACCCCACACUGGGUUUCAUGUUGCUUUUAAAAUGCUGGAUUCAGAUGGCGAUGAGAUGGUUGAGAAAAAGGAAUUUUUUAAGCUCCAGAAGAUUAUAAGUAAACAAGAUGAGUUGAAGACAACUGUAACUAAUGAUACAGAAUGCCAGGAACCAAAAGUGCAAGAACCUGAAGUUAACACAACUCUUCAGAUACGUUUCUUCGGAAAAAGAGGAGAAAAAAAACUUCAUUAUAAAGAGUUUCGAAGAUUUAUGGAAAAUCUACAAACAGAAGUCCAAGAAAUGGAAUUCCUUCAAUUUUCUAGAGGUUUAAGCUUCAUGAGAAAAGAAGACUUUGCAGAAUGGCUCCUUUUUUUUACUAACAGUGGAAAUAAAGACAUUUAUUGGAAGAAUGUGAGAGAGAAGUUAUCAGCAGGAGAGAACAUUAGUUUGGAUGAGUUCAAAUCAUUUUGCCAUUUUACGACCCACUUGGAAGACUUUGCUAUUGCCAUGCAAAUGUUUAGUUUAGCUCAUCGCCCUGUCAGACUGGCGGAGUUUAGGAGGGCUGUGAAGGUAGCAACAGGACAGGAGCUCUCCGACAAUGUCUUGGACACUGUCUUCAAGAUCUUUGAUGUGGAUGGUGAUGAAUGUCUGAGUCACGGAGAGUUUCUUGGAGUGUUAAAAAACAGGAUGCAUCGAGGUUUAUGGGUACCACAACAACUAACUGUACAAGAAUACUGGAAAUGUGUGAAAAAGGAAAGCAUUAAAGGAGUAAAAGAAGUCUGGAAACAAGCUGGAAAAAGUCAUUUUUAAAAAAAAAUUAAUGUGGGCAUUCUUUUGCUCCAAAUGUUAGAAUUUGGGUUGUUUUUUUAAGAGCUAGAUGUUUGAAUUCAGUCUUCACUGAUUUUCUUUGUAUUAUAAAGAUGCCUUGUACUUGCUUCCUGAAUCAAUAAUUUUUUGAUAUUAAUAAGAUUUCAUUAAAGAACAUAUUCAAAAGAACAAGUAUUCUUUUACAAAAACAGACAUUAGAUAAUGUCAGAAGGCCUAAGAUUGAAGUAAUGUUUUAUAUUUUAAUAAGCUAGAAAACCUAAUAUAUUCAUUGAUUUUUUUUUUUUUUAAUAGCAUGGUAUGGUCUCUGGAACGGUAAACAAGUACUUACAGAAAAGAAGUACUUGAUACAAAAGGCCAGUAUCAAUUCCAGAAGUCCCAAUAUUCCUAAUCUGGCAAUUUAAGUUAAAAACUCAUUUCAGGUUUUCUAAUCUGUCUCAUAUCUCUUAUAAAUGUCUUGUAUAUUUUAUUUCAGUUAGCUUAAAUGUAUAUUAGUCGUCUUAAAAAUAGCAUGUACAGUUCAAUAUCCUAUCUGGAAACAGAAUAAAGGAUUUACAUAGAUAUAAAAAUAACUAAUGUGCUUUUUACUUUACGUAUGUUUUUUAAAGCUACAUUUAAAAAAAAAAAAAGUAAACACACUCACCCCUUGCCCACUUCAUUAGUUUUUGUUCUUAAAAGCUAAUUUAGUUUGGCAAAAAUCUUGCUCACAGGAUCAUGAUCUCAUGGAAAAUGUUUAAAAUGGUGCUAGAAAAUCAUUGGCAUUAAAGUAGAUAUAACAUAGUAUUAAAAAUAGCUUUUUAAUUACAUGAUAAACUAAAAUUCUUUAAAAACAUACUCCCCGAAAAAGAAAAUUUCAGGUAUGUAAAAUGUUCUACUCCUUGGCUAAAUGGCUGAUUCCAGUGCUGGGACAGAGAAAGUGUAUGAUGAGCCUGAACCAUCUUGUGCCUGCAAGUGAGGAAGUGUUCAAAUUACAAUGACAUUUCAGAAGGACAGGAACCAGCUUGAACGGGUCCCCCUUGGCCAAAUCUGGGACGAUUUGAGCUUCAAAAUAAGUAGUGUCAGUAAUGGAUUAAAGCCUAUUUAAUAAUAUAAUAGAAAGGUGAUCCAAUAGAAUGUGGAAAUUAUCGAACAGUAUCAUUAAUAUCACACAAAAGUAAAAUUUUGCUGAGGAUAAUUCAAAAAUAGUUGCAGCAGUACCUUGACAGGGGACUGCCAGAAAUUCAAGCCAGAUUCAGAGCAGGACAUGGAACUAGGGAUAUCAUUGCUGAUGUCAGAUGGACCUUGGCUGAAAACAGAGAAUAACAGAAAAAUGUUUACCUGUGCUUAUUGACCAUGCAAAGGCAUUCAACUGUGUGGAUCAAAACAAAUAUGCAUGACAUUGCAAAGAAUGGGAAUUCCAGAACACCUAAUUGUGCUCACAUGGAACCUGUACAUGACCUUCUAGGUCGUUCAGACAGAACAAGGGGAGACUGUGUAGUUUAAAAUCAGGAAAGGUGUAUCUUUUCACCAUACUUGCUCAGUUUGUGUGCUGAGCCAAAUAAUCUGAGAAGCUGGAUUGGAGGAAGACUCAUUAACAACCUGUGAUACAAAUGACACAACUUGAAGCACUUACUGAUGAAGAUCAAAGACUACAGCCUUCAGUAUGGAUUACACCUCAGUGUAAAGAAAACAAAAAUUCUCAUAACUGGACCAAUAAUCAACAUCAUGAUAGGCAGAGAGAAGAUUGAAGUUGUCAAGGAUUUCAUUUUUCUUGGAUUCACAAUGACUGCCCAUGGAAACAGCAGUCAAGGAAUCAAACAACGUAUUGCAUUGGCCAAAUCUGCUGCAGAAUACAUCUCUAAAGUGUUAAAAAAAAAAAAAAAAGCAAAGAUGUCACUUUGAGGACUAAA